AGUACGAUGCACAUACGUACGCCGUGUGCGCUAAAUUACCGGUCGUAUAAUCCCACUGGACGUUUCCGGUAGUGCGAACCGUGUUUGUGUACGCUUUCGGACCCUUCCGUCAACGCGUAUCCGUCUUCUCUGCUCUCCGUGUCCAACCGCGCAUAUCGCGUCGAUUUUAUAUUGACGUAAACGGUUUCGUCCGCGGUACAGCGUUCGGGGCGACAUGUCGAAAAGGGACGUACAAGCCAAUAGGAGCCCUAAGACGACGCAGCCGACGGGGCUAUCUUUGCAAGGCUCUCAAAUUAAUCUCUCAACUCGAUUAUCCAACUUCAAUAUAUCAAAUCCUCUACAGUAUUUGUACAAUGAGAACGUCGAUUCAACGUCACGAGGUAGACCGAUGUCCGCAUCUACGCUGAGCGCCACGUAUCAGGAAUCGCCACGAAGAUCAAAACUAGCCAAACGUCCUCAGUCGGCAGAUACCGUAAACAAGAUAGCCAAAAGUCGACAAAUUGCAUUUAAUUUCAGUGAUCAACAAAACGAUUUGGGUCUUGAGAAUGGUUGCGCGGGCCUGGAGACGACGUUUGACGAGCUGGACGCGGACGAACUGUCGUUGGACGAACGUUCCAGUCCUGCGCCGCUGCUGCAGGACGCCCUGGAACCGGGGCUCACGUCCAAGCCACCCAUCCCGCCGGCGGGCAGCGGGCCCGCGGAAACGUCGUGCGAUCGGGAUGCCGCCGAUUGCCGCAAGACCGGAGCCGCGGUGACGUUCGACGACGCGAUCGAGCUGAAAUUCCAACGAUGGUUCCCGAACUCGGUUCCGGUCGCGCCCGCCGCCGUACCACGCGAAACCGUCGCCGACGUGUCGCUGAACGGCGUGUCGUACGAGUACAGCGAGCGGGUGAUCGACAACGAUCGCGGCACCGUCACGUACACGAGGAGCAGCUCGUCGAUGAGCAUCCGCGGCAGCCAGGACCAACUGGACGAGGAGCACUUGUACUCGAACCUGAGCGCGGCUAUUGGUGGUGCGGACAAGCUUUGCAGGGGCGUCGUGUCCGCGGACGUGUUGGACAUGCUGCACCAGAACGACGACAACCGCCGCGGGAGGGCGCCGACGAGACCUAAACCGAAGAAAAAGAUCUCUGUUCCGGUGGCGGCGGCAGCGGUCGCGUACAGAGCCAAAAGGGACACGACAAAGUCGGUGUUGAAGCCGAGGACGAACUUAGCUGCCGCGAAUCCCGUACCUGUAACCACGGUAACCUGCGAUACUGUGCAAUGCGAUGGAUUGACCGCGCGCCACGAGCAGCGAGCCCCGGACAAGGAAGCGAGAAAGGAUCAUCAUCAGACCAGGAAACUCGACGAUUCACCGGUGGACUAUGCCACGGAGGACGUGGUUUCUUGGAUGUCUAGCCACCAGCUGAGACCGUCUACGUCCGAACUCGACGACCCGUUCGCGAGUCGCGUUGACGAUAAACACUGUGACGCGUUGCGCAGAGAUCACGACCACAAGACAUCGACGUAUGACGAAAUAGUCAACAUUCUGAAAGAACUCGAAUCGGAAAAUAACGAUAUCGGUAACAUGAAUGUCAGAAAAAGUGCUGUUACAGAUAAUAAUAAACGUCAAACAUUAGUACCAGAGCCUUCGUCGAGUUCAAAAGCUCUAUGGUCGUUUUUGGACGAAGUAGAGAAAAACUCUAAUCGUUCAACUCCUUCCAAAUUACCUAAACAGAAAUUGCCUGUAAACUUGCCAAGUACACCACCAUCGUCACCGGAAAAAAUUAUGAUAGAUGUGAAAAAAGGAAAUCUCCAACAAGUGAUAGAGCUUGGUAAAACUGAACUGGCACAAAAAGUGGCGUCGCUUCAAAUGCAAUUAGCAGAAAAAGAAGAUGUAACUGAAAAACUAAAAACAACUGUAUCUGAACUGCAAGCUGAGCACGCCAAAAGCAAAGCUGAAUACGAAUCCACUGUCACGAGACACCAAAAGUUCAUCGAUAAAUUACUCAACGAGAAGAAAGAACUUAGUGAAAGUUGUGCUUCGACUGUAAAAGAAUUGACAAAAAAAAUGAAUGACGCUUUAGCCAGCCAAGAAGAGCGGCACAAAGUCGAAUUAAAAAAAGCCAUUGAUAAACAGACAGCGUCUGAGAAAAUAAAAAAAGAUCGAUGGGUCGAUCUUAAAACGAAAAAAAUCAAAGAAAUGACUAUUAAGGGCAUUGAACCAGAAUUAAAUAGGAUGUCAACAGCAUAUCAAGAAGAACUAUCAGAACUCAGAAGGAUCCAUCAAUCACAAAUCGAAGAAAUCGAAGGAACAUGGCACAGAAGAAUGGCGGCUAUGAGGGAUAAAAUGGACACCGAACGGGAACAAGCAAUCAUAACUGAAAGAGAAAAUUCUAGAAAUCGAUUGGAAAUGGAAAUCGCUGAACUAGAAAAAAGUUAUCAAGAACAACGAAAAAGAUUAUUAGGUGAAAUUCACGGGGAAAGAUUGCGACAAGAGAGAGAAAAUGAUAUUGCGCUAAUGGAAAAGCAGCGAGCUCUUGAGCAAAAAUUUGAAAAACUAGUAGCGGAACUUCAGGACAAGAUUCAUAAAAAAGAGGAAGAGUUUCAGAACGAAUUGAAGAAUAUUCGAGAAACGUACGAGUCAGAAAAGACUAAAUGGAUAAACCAUCAAACCACUGUGUUGGCAGAAAAGGAAAAUACUAUAAGAGAAAUGUGUAAAAAAGAACGGGACAAACAUAUUGAAUUGGUUGUCCAAAAACUGGAAAACGAAGCUUCCGAAAGAGAAAACACGUCAGAAGCGAAAAUCAAACGUAUAAAAUCAGAGUACGAAGCUGAUAUUCAUGAGCUAGAGAACACUAUAUCCGGCUAUCGUUUGAAGUUGAAUGAAGCUCGUACCAAAGCACAGGAACAAGACGAUAAGAUAACAGAGCUUACUAGUGAGCUGAAUAAGUGUCAUAAUGAAGAAAAACGAUUGAAAGAUGUGAUUUGUAAGCUGAAAGAUGACCUGAUCGCCAAAGAAAAUACAAUUAAAGCCGAAACUCUCACUAAGGUGGGGAUAUUGCAGACAGAGCUGACACAGUCGAAGUUGAAUUUCCAGACUAGAAUCAAAACGAUCGAAAGUGAAAAAGAAAAGGAAAUCAAUCACGUCUACGUCAGAGUGAAGGAAGCGAUCAAACGAAAAGAUGAAAUCAUCCAAGUAUUGCAAAGCGAACGAGACGCAGCGUUGGAUCAGUGCAGCAACAUCGAAAAACUUAUGGAACGUCAGCGAAAAGAGCUUCUGAAGCUCAAAUAAUUAUUUUGCGGUUAAUACUUAUUCAUUUUCUUUUGAUUGUUUUUAUAUGUAAAAUAA